AUGGCCAACACCGUAAGUAUAAAAUGAUGUUUUGUACAAAUGCACUAAAUUUAAUGCCUGACAAAUUGCAUUUACAGCUUCCAGAUGUCCGACCUACGAAAACAGUUAUUGCAUGGAACGACAUCCAAACAAAAUUCAUGCUAAGUGUGUACAAGGAAAAUAUGGAAGCCGUUGGACCAAUGAGAAAAUUCAAGACAAAAAAAGAAUUGUGGGAGGCCAUCGCCAAAAAAAUGACCGUCGAACUGGGUGUCAAUUUCUCCGGGUCUCAAAUAGAGAACAGAUAUAAAAAUGUAAUUAAACGCAACAAAAAUAUUAAGAAACACAACUCUAUUUCUGGAAACAUUCUCCAAACUUCAGUUUUCGAACAGGAGAUCGAUAUGAUCGCUGCCCUCGAUGACUCUCUAGAACCAGAGAUCAUAAUGACCCCCACAACAAUUAAACGGAAAAGGGUAACAACAAACAGUUCAGAUGAACCUUCAGCUGGUCCAUCGGAAGAGCCGACAACCGGAUACUCCGAUGAAAAACGAAGAAAGAGAUUCCGUAAGGACGAAGUUUUGGAGCUGUAUGUAGAACAAUGCGAGGCGCGAGAGAGAUGGGAAAAAUACCGCGAAGAAAAACGCGAGAACAGACAUCGGGAACGCAUGGAGGCCGUGCAGCAACUUACACAAGCUUUUAUAAGAAUGGCUCAAAACAAUAAAAUAUAAUUUAAAAUAACAAAAAAAGAAAAGAAAAUUUUUAUUUACAAGCAUCAAUGCGAUCUCUUGAAAUU